AUGGAAUCUGGGAAAACUCAAGGGGAUGGGGGGACACCAGAAGGACCUGACAAAGAUGCAGAUAAAAUAAGUAAAAAGGGGCGAGGCGAGGAAAAGACAAGGGAAGAGGCGAGGAAAAGACAAGGGAAGAGGCGAGGAAAAGAGAAGGGAAGAGGCGAGGAAAAGAGAAGGGAAGAGGCGAGGAAAAGAGAAGGGAAGAGGCGAGGAAAAGAGAAGGGAAGAGGCGAGGAAAAGAGAAGGGAAGAGGCAAGGAAAAGAGAAGGGAAGAGGCAAGGAAAAGAGAAGGGAAGAGGCAAGGAAAAGAGAAGGGAAGAGGCAAGGAAAAGAGAAGGGAAGAGGCAAGGAAAAGAGAAGGGAAGAGGCAAGGAAAAGAGAAGGGAAGAGGCAAGGAAAAGAGAAGGGAAGAGGCAAGGAAAAGAGAAGGGAAGAGGCAAGGAAAAGAGAAGGGAAGAGGCAAGGAAAAGAGAAGGGAAGAGGCAAGGAAAAGAGAAGGGAAGAGGCAAGGAAAAGAGAAGGGAAGAGGCAAGGAAAAGAGAAGGGAAGAGGCAAGGAAAAGAGAAGGGAAGAGGCAAGGAAAAGAGAAGGGAAGAGGCAAGGAAAAGAGAAGGGAAGAGGCAAGGAAAAGAGAAGGGAAGAGGCAAGGAAAAGAGAAGGGAAGAGGCAAGGAAAAGAGAAGGGAAGAGGCAAGGAAAAGAGAAGGGAAGAGGCAAGGAAAAGAGAAGGGAAGAGGCAAGGAAAAGAGAAGGGAAGAGGCAAGGAAAAGAGAAGGGAAGAGGCAAGGAAAAGAGAAGGGAAGAGGCAAGGAAAAGAGAAGGGAAGAGGCAAGGAAAAGAGAAGGGAAGAGGCAAGGAGAAGAGAAGGGAAGAGGCAAGGAGAAGAGAAGGGAAGAGGCAAGGAGAAGAGAAGGGAAGAGGCAAGGAGAAGAGAAGGGAAGAGGCAAGGAGAAGAGAAGGGAAGAGGCAAGGAGAAGAGAAGGGAAGAGGCAAGGAGAAGAGAAGGGAAGAGGCAAGGAGAAGAGAAGGGAAGAGGCAAGGAGAAGAGAAGGGAAGAGGCAAGGAGAAGAGAAGGGAAGAGGCAAGGAGAAGAGAAGGGAAGAGGCAAGGAGAAGAGAAGGGAAGAGGCAAGGAGAAGAGAAGGGAAGAGGCAAGGAGAAGAGAAGGGAAGAGGCAAGGAGAAGAGAAGGGAAGAGGCAAGGAGAAGAGAAGGGAAGAGGCAAGGAGAAGAGAAGGGAAGAGGCAAGGAGAAGAGAAGGGAAGAGGCAAGGAGAAGAGAAGGGAAGAGGCAAGGAGAAGAGAAGGGAAGAGGCAAGGAGAAGAGAAGGGAAGAGGCAAGGAGAAGAGAAGGGAAGAGGCAAGGAGAAGAGAAGGGAAGAGGCAAGGAGAAGAGAAGGGAAGAGGCAAGGAGAAGAGAAGGGAAGAGGCAAGGAGAAGAGAAGGGAAGAGGCAAGGAGAAGAGAAGGGAAGAGGCAAGGAGAAGAGAAGGGAAGAGGCAAGGAGAAGAGAAGGGAAGAGGCAAGGAGAAGAGAAGGGAAGAGGCAAGGAGAAGAGAAGGGAAGAGGCAAGGAGAAGAGAAGGGAAGAGGCAAGGAGAAGAGAAGGGAAGAGGCAAGGAGAAGAGAAGGGAAGAUGCAAGGAGAAGAGAAGGGAAGAUGCAAGGAGAAGAGAAGGGAAGAUGCAAGGAGAAGAGAAGGGAAGAUGCAAGGAGAAGAGAAGGGAAGAGGCAAGGAGAAGAGAAGGGAAGAGGCAAGGAGAAGAGAAGGGAAGAGGCAAGGAGAAGAGAAGGGAAGAGGCAAGGAGAAGAGAAGGGAAGAGGCAAGGAGAAGAGAAGGGAAGAGGCAAGGAGAAGAGAAGGGAAGAGGCAAGGAGAAGAGAAGGGAAGAGGCAAGGAGAAGAGAAGGGAAGAGGCAAGGAGAAGAGAAGGGAAGAGGCAAGGAGAAGAGAAGGGAAGAGGCAAGGAGAAGAGAAGGGAAGAGGCAAGGAGAAGAGAAGGGAAGAGGCAAGGAGAAGAGAAGGGAAGAGGCAAGGAGAAGAGAAGGGAAGAGGCAAGGAGAAGAGAAGGGAAGAGGCAAGGAGAAGAGAAGGGAAGAGGCAAGGAGAAGAGAAGGGAAGAGGCAAGGAGAAGAGAAGGGAAGAGGCAAGGAGAAGAGAAGGGAAGAGGCAAGGAGAAGAGAAGGGAAGAGGCAAGGAGAAGAGAAGGGAAGAGGCAAGGAGAAGAGAAGGGAAGAGGCAAGGAGAAGAGAAGGGAAGAGGCAAGGAGAAGAGAAGGGAAGAGGCAAGGAGAAGAGAAGGGAAGAGGCAAGGAGAAGAGAAGGGAAGAGGCAAGGAGAAGAGAAGGGAAGAGGCAAGGAGAAGAGAAGGGAAGAGGCAAGGAGAAGAGAAGGGAAGAGGCAAGGAGAAGAGAAGGGAAGAGGCAAGGAGAAGAGAAGGGAAGAGGCAAGGAGAAGAGAAGGGAAGAGGCAAGGAGAAGAGAAGGGAAGAGGCAAGGAGAAGAGAAGGGAAGAGGCAAGGAGAAGAGAAGGGAAGAGGCAAGGAGAAGAGAAGGGAAGAGGCAAGGAGAAGAGAAGGGAAGAGGCAAGGAGAAGAGAAGGGAAGAGGCAAGGAGAAGAGAAGGGAAGAGGCAAGGAGAAGAGAAGGGAAGAGGCAAGGAGAAGAGAAGGGAAGAGGCAAGGAGAAGAGAAGGGAAGAGGCAAGGAGAAGAGAAGGGAAGAGGCAAGGAGAAGAGAAGGGAAGAGGCAAGGAGAAGAGAAGGGAAGAGGCAAGGAGAAGAGAAGGGAAGAGGCAAGGAGAAGAGAAGGGAAGAGGCAAGGAGAAGAGAAGGGAAGAGGCAAGGAGAAGAGAAGGGAAGAGGCAAGGAGAAGAGAAGGGAAGAGGCAAGGAGAAGAGAAGGGAAGAGGCAAGGAGAAGAGAAGGGAAGAGGCAAGGAGAAGAGAAGGGAAGAGGCAAGGAGAAGAGAAGGGAAGAGGCAAGGAGAAGAGAAGGGAAGAGGCAAGGAGAAGAGAAGGGAAGAGGCAAGGAGAAGAGAAGGGAAGAGGCAAGGAGAAGAGAAGGGAAGAGGCAAGGAGAAGAGAAGGGAAGAGGCAAGGAGAAGAGAAGGGAAGAGGCAAGGAGAAGAGAAGGGAAGAGGCAAGGAGAAGAGAAGGGAAGAGGCAAGGAGAAGAGAAGGGAAGAGGCAAGGAGAAGAGAAGGGAAGAGGCAAGGAGAAGAGAAGGGAAGAGGCAAGGAGAAGAGAAGGGAAGAGGCAAGGAGAAGAGAAGGGAAGAGGCAAGGAGAAGAGAAGGGAAGAGGCAAGGAGAAGAGAAGGGAAGAGGCAAGGAGAAGAGAAGGGAAGAGGCAAGGAGAAGAGAAGGGAAGAGGCAAGGAGAAGAGAAGGGAAGAGGCAAGGAAAAGAGAAGGGAAGAGGCAAGGAAAAGAGAAGGGAAGAGGCAAGGAAAAGAGAAGGGAAGAGGCAAGGAAAAGAGAAGGGAAGAGGCAAGGAAAAGAGAAGGGAAGAGGCAAGGAAAAGAGAAGGGAAGAGGCAAGGAAAAGAGAAGGGAAGAGGCAAGGAAAAGAGAAGGGAAGAGGCAAGGAAAAGAGAAGGGAAGAGGCAAGGAAAAGAGAAGGGAAGAGGCAAGGAAAAGAGAAGAGAAGAGGCAAGGAAAAGAGAAGAGAAGAGGCAAGGAAAAGAGAAGAGAAGAGGCAAGGAAAAGAGAAGAGAAGAGGCAAGGAAAAGAGAAGAGAAGAGGCAAGGAAAAGAGAAGAGAAGAGGCAAGGAAAAGAGAAGAGAAGAGGCAAGGAAAAGAGAAGAGAAGAGGCAAGGAAAAGAGAAGAGAAGAGAAGAGGCAAGGAAAAGAGAAGAGAAGAGAAGAGGCAAGGAAAAGAGAAGAGAAGAGAAGAGGCAAGGAAAAGAGAAGAGAAAAGAAGAGGCAAGGAAAAGAGAAGAGAAGAGAAGAGGCAAGGAAAAGAGAAGAGAAGAGAAGAGGCAAGGAAAAGAGAAGAGAAGAGAAGAGGCAAGGAAAAGAGAAGAGAAGAGGCAAGGAAAAGAGAAGAGAAGAGGCAAGGAAAAGAGAAGAGAAGAGGCAAGGAAAAGAGAAGAGAAGAGGCAAGGAAAAGAGAAGAGAAGAGGCAAGGAAAAGAGAAGAGAAGAGGCAAGGAAAAGAGAAGAGAAGAGGCAAGGAAAAGAGAAGAUGGUUGAGAAGAGGCAAGGAAAAGAGAAGAGAAGAGGCAAGGAAAAGAGAAGAGAAGAGGCAAGGAAAAGAGAAGAGAAGAGGCAAGGAAAAGAGAAGAGAAGAGGCAAGGAAAAGAGAAGAGAAGAGGCAAGGAAAAGAGAAGAGAAGAGGCAAGGAAAAGAGAAGAGAAGAGGCAAGGAAAAGAGAAGAGAAGAGGCAAGGAAAAGAGAAGAGAAGAGGCAAGGAAAAGAGAAGAGAAGAGGCAAGGAAAAGAGAAGAGAAGAGGCAAGGAAAAGAGAAGAGAAGAGGCAAGGAAAAGAGAAGAGAAGAGGCAAGGAAAAGAGAAGAGAAGAGGCAAGGAAAAGAGAAGAGAAGAGGCAAGGAAAAGAGAAGAGAAGAGGCAAGGAAAAGAGAAGAGAAGAGGCAAGGAAAAGAGAAGAGAAGAGGCAAGGAAAAGAGAAGAGAAGAGGCAAGGAAAAGAGAAGAGAAGAGGCAAGGAAAAGAGAAGAGAAGAGGCAAGGAAAAGAGAAGAGAAGAGGCAAGGAAAAGAGAAGAGAAGAGGCAAGGAAAAGAGAAGAGAAGAGGCAAGGAAAAGAGAAGAGAAGAGGCAAGGAAAAGAGAAGAGAAGAGGCAAGGAAAAGAGAAGAGAAGAGGCAAGGAAAAGAGAAGAGAAGAGGCAAGGAAAAGAGAAGAGAAGAGGCAAGGAAAAGAGAAGAGAAGAGGCAAGGAAAAGAGAAGAGAAGAGGCAAGGAAAAGAGAAGAGAAGAGGCAAGGAAAAGAGAAGAGAAGAGGCAAGGAAAAGAGAAGAGAAGAGGCAAGGAAAAGAGAAGAGAAGAGGCAAGGAAAAGAGAAGAGAAGAGGCAAGGAAAAGAGAAGAGGCAAGGAAAAGAGAAGAGGCAAGGAAAAGAGAAGAGGCAAGGAAAAGAGAAGAGGCAAGGAAAAGAGAAGAGGCAAGGAAAAGAGAAGAGGCAAGGAAAAGAGAAGAGGCAAGGAAAAGAGAAGAGGCAAGGAAAAGAGAAGAGGCAAGGAAAAGAGAAGAGGCAAGGAAAAGAGAAGAGGCAAGGAAAAGAGAAGAGGCAAGGAAAAGAGAAGAGGCAAGGAAAAGAGAAGAGGCAAGGAAAAGAGAAGAGGCAAGGAAAAGAGAAGAGGCAAGGAAAAGAGAAGAGGCAAGGAAAAGAGAAGAGGCAAGGAAAAGAGAAGAGGCAAGGAAAAGAGAAGAGGCAAGGAAAAGAGAAGAGGCAAGGAAAAGAGAAGAGGCAAGGAAAAGAGAAGAGGCAAGGAAAAGAGAAGAGGCAAGGAAAAGAGAAGAGGCAAGGAAAAGAGAAGAGGCAAGGAAAAGAGAAGAGGCAAGGAAAAGAGAAGAGGCAAGGAAAAGAGAAGAGGCAAGGAAAAGAGAAGAGGCAAGGAAAAGAGAAGAGGCAAGGAAAAGAGAAGAGGCAAGGAAAAGAGAAGAGGCAAGGAAAAGAGAAGAGGCAAGGAAAAGAGAAGAGGCAAGGAAAAGAGAAGAGGCAAGGAAAAGAGAAGAGGCAAGGAAAAGAGAAGAGGCAAGGAAAAGAGAAGAGGCAAGGAAAAGAGAAGAGGCAAGGAAAAGAGAAGAGGCAAGGAAAAGAGAAGAGGCAAGGAAAAGAGAAGAGGCAAGGAAAAGAGAAGAGGCAAGGAAAAGAGAAGAGGCAAGGAAAAGAGAAGAGGCAAGGAAAAGAGAAGAGGCAAGGAAAAGAGAAGAGGCAAGGAAAAGAGAAGAGGUGGCGGACUGCGGGCGGGGCGGCGGCCUCGCUGGCGCUGCUCAGCCUGCUGCUGGCCGCCGCCUUCACGAUGCCACAUCGCGGUCUCGCUGCCACACAGCCCCACCCCCAGGCAUCCGGUGCGCUGGCCGCACAGUGGCUGGGGGCGGCGGGGGCGACAGCCUGCGGCCGGCAGCGGUGGGCCCCCUCCCUGCAGCUGCGGGUUAUCUCGCUCCACAAGCUGGGCGCCGGCCGCCAUCGAAACCCAGCAUUAGCCGGCACCGAAACAGCUAAAGCAUCACCGUGGUACACCCAGCACCGAAAUUGA